AUGGGAAGCGAGGCAGGAGGGGGAGGGGCCUCGGCGAGCCCAGAAAAACGACAACGCGAGAAAAAUUAGUAUUUUUGCACUUCACAAAUUAAUGACCAUGAGCUCGUUUUUGAUAAACUCCAACUACAUCGAGCCCAAGUUCCCUCCCUUUGAGGAGUACGCGCAGCACAGCGGCCCGGGCGGCGGAGACGGCGGCCCAGGCGGGGGCCCCAGCUACCAGCAGCCCCCAGCGCCCGCGGCCCAGCACCUGCCGGCGCAGCAGCCCCAGCUCCCCCACGCGGGCAACAGCCGCGAGCCCCCCGCCACCUACUACGCACCACGGGCCGCCCGCGAACCCUCCUACCCCGCUGCCGCGCUCUACCCCGCGCACGGUGCCGCCGAAGCCGCCUACCCCUAUGGCUACCGCGGUGGCGCCAGCCCCGGGCGGCAGCCGCAGCCCGAGCAGCCCCCGGCGCGAGCCAAGGGUCCUGCGCACGGCCUGCACGCGAGCCACGUCCUGCCGCCCGGGCGGCAGCCCCCGCCGCCACCUCCCCCGCAGCACCGCGCGGCGCCCCCCGCACCCCCGCGGCGUUGCGAGGCGGCUCCCGCCACCCCGGGCGUCCCGGCAGGGGGCAGCGCCCCCGCGUGCCCGCUGCUCCUGGCCGACAAGAGCCCGCCGGGCCUGAAAGGCAAGGAGCCCGUGGUGUACCCCUGGAUGAAGAAGAUCCAUGUCAGCGCCGUCAACCCCAGUUAUAACGGAGGGGAGCCCAAGCGCUCUCGGACCGCAUACACCCGACAGCAGGUCUUGGAGCUGGAGAAGGAGUUCCACUUUAACCGCUACCUGACCCGGCGGCGCCGCAUCGAGAUCGCCCACACGCUCUGCUUGUCCGAGCGCCAGGUCAAGAUCUGGUUUCAGAACCGGAGGAUGAAGUGGAAGAAAGAUCACAAAUUGCCCAACACUAAGAUGCGAUCCUCCAACUCGGCCUCGGCCUCAGCAGGCCCGCCAGGGAAAGCACAAACUCAGAGCCCGCACCUGCAUCCUCACCCCCACCAGGGCGCCUCAACACCCAUUCCCUCCUCCAUAUAACCUUCAGAGAUCUAGACCAGUUUCAUCCCCCCACCUGUUUUUCUCCUCUCUCCUGCCCCUUUCCCCAUACUCCUACCUGUCUGGACUAUAACAGACCCCAAAACAAAACCCAGCUUGGCGAAAAGGAUAAUAAAAAAGAAGACAUUCUCCCCAAAAGAGUGUGUGCUGGUUGCCAGCUAAGAGCAGACAAUAGCCAGGAUGCUGGCUGGCCUGAAUAAGGCCGCCAGGAUUGGGUACCUGAGGAGCACCACUUGGCAACCAAUACUUUUGAGAUGGCUAAAGUCAGCUGGAUAGCCCACGCUGACUGGGGACAUAAACAUGUAUGUUUGUUGCAAGCAGAAGGAAACAGAUCCUUUCCCCCACCUUCCCUACCUCCCCCUUCCACAUUAAGGCAGCUCAUACAAACUUGUAUUGAACUGAAUAAACGAGUAGACAUUGUGGACCUCACAAGAUUAUUUAAUUCUCAAAAUGUAUAGACCUUGAUGGUAGAUGUGACACAUGUUAGUUUCCUUUCCUUGCAUUUAUUUAAAAUAUUGUUGUAGAGAUAUUGUUGUCUUAUUCUGAGGCACAAUCUCGGGGGAGAGGGGAGUGCAUUUCGACCCAUGUGCAACUGUACAAAUUGUGGUGUGGCUAUAUAAAAAGCCAUGUGCUAAGAAUAAACUCUGUUUGAAAAACCAUUAAAAGUUCUAAGACACA